CGUCACCACACUGGAUGUGCCCAGCAUGUGGGAUACUGUAAAUUGUGUUUGUUCCGUUCAGGAGGUGGGCGUUUCUCAUUUCAGAAAUACUCUUUAUAUUAAUGUGUGAGUUCUCUAGAGGAAUCCGAGGAAGAGUUCAGCUACACGUGUCUAGAGUGGGAUAAUUCUGAUUUCUGUAUAAAAGAUAACAGACGCAACAUCUGCACCAGUCGGAAAAGUUAUACGAGCCGUCUUAUCCUUUCUGCGUGCGGUGUUUCAGCAUCGCUUCGUCUUUCGCAAUUCUCUGUUGGAUCACUUCGCUUUGCACUGAACUUGUGAGAAAACUCUUUCUCACAGUUCGAAGAGGACCGGCGCAAUGACGAAUAGCUCAUGCAAAAUAAUAAACAGACAUUUCACCCAUGUAUUUUUGCCAGCCGUUUACGUGUCGGUAUUCAUCAUCGGGUUCAUCGCUAACUGCUGGGGUUUACGACACGUUAUUAGGAACUGGAAGAAAAUGGGGAAAAUAAACGUGUUUGUGCUUAACCUGGGCAUAGCGGACCUGCUGUACGUCGUCACCCUGCCUUUUCUUGUGGCUUAUUACGCCAGCAGCAGCGAGUGGAUGUUCGGAGAAGUCUUCUGCAAGAUCACAAGGUUCUGUUUCCAUCUAAACCUGUACGGGAGCAUCGGAUUCCUCACCUGCAUCAGCGUUUACAGGUAUCUGGGCAUCGUUCACCCGAUGAAAAUCAUGGGACGGAUUACACUGCGCCACUCGGUAGGUGUUUGUUUUGUGGUCUGGGUUUUGGUGAUCGUUCAGAUCCUCCCGGACAUGUUCUUCGACAAGUCCUAUCCACAGUCUUCCAAUGCGUGCUUUGACACCACGGCCAACCACCUGCUAAAGCUCUACAUGCCCUACAGCAUUGGAUGGACCGUCACAGGAUUUGGCAUUCCGUCGCUGAUAAUUUUAGGCUGCUACGGCCAUGUGGCCGUAGUCCUGUCCACUAAGGCGAAUGUCAACACCCUGCUGAAGCAGCGCUGCUUGAAACUGGUGGUCAUCCUGACCAUCCUGUUCUCGGUUUGCUUCAUCCCUUAUCACUUACUGAGGAACCUCAACAUGAAGACCAGACUUCUGCAACUUGAGGGGAAAUGCCACGAGAGUUUCAACAAGAUUUACAUAUCCUACCAGGUCAGCAGGGGGCUCGCCUGCAUGAACAGUGCCAUGAACCCCUUGAUUUAUCUGGUCAGCAAUGACGACUUCAUCAUGCGCUUUCACAGCAUGAGCAAACGGGCAAGACGCUCUGUUGUACAGCUGAGGAAUGUCAUACACUACCGUAGGCCCACGAAUGAGUGCGAUUCACCAAACACGUCUAAAGAGUACAGCAGUUAAACUCAGCCCACGAAUGUCUCUAGGAUUAAUGCUCAUUCUCUUCCUGAAAUCGUAGAAACGUGAUACUGUUGGGUGUCUGCACCUUGCGGCUGAAAAGACAGUAUAUUUGUGUACUAUUUUUGAUAUGUUGUGCCGAUACGAGCAGUAUUAUUUUGUUAUAAAAUGUAUUAAAAACCUGUUUUUUUCUUUGUACAGCACGUUUCUUUGUAAAUGAAAAGCUACAAAAGAUACAAUAAGGAAAUUAUUGGAACUUCCUUAUUGGAAGUUAUUUGAUUUUUUACAACAUAACCUUUGCAUAACCUUUAUUCUAUUCGCAGUGCUUCUUUCAUGGAAAUGUGCAAUGUUAAUGCAGAGUCCGAAAGGUUUUUGUACAAUAGCUGAAACAAUGCCUUGUUUUGUGUUGAAGUCUAUUAUAUAUUAAAUUAUAAUACAGCCUGUAUGUAUUAUAUGAUAUACUGCAUAGCCUAUUAUAUUCUUAGAACGGGCACUAUUGGAAAGAAGUAGUGCUGGAAGACGCAUCAACAUUAGCACGAUGCGUGCCAUCUCCAGUCGAAUGCGAGCGCUAAGUGAUAACGCCCGAUUUUGUUACACUCCAUAGAUAUCAUGCACACCUGGGCCCACGGGUGCCCCGCAUUUUUGAAUGAACUAAAAUUGCUGUGACAGCCCGUGUUCACAGCUGGGAAUCCAUGUUAUGUUCUCAUAUAAAAGUUCAUUUUCAUUUCAGACGUGUCCUCCAUAUAUGCUGAACCCUCCCCUUUCAAAGUGUAAAUAUACCAAGGUGGUCACGAUAUGGUUAAUAGUCAAUCUGUAAUAAGUCAUAUUACUGCAGGUGAACUGUUCACCUGCAGUACCUUUAUUAAGCAAACAUCCUGCCAUAUUCAUCAGUAUUAUCCAAUCAUAGGACUGUCCGUGGUAACAGGAAAUAAUGCUUUCUAGUCUUAUCAACAACAAACUAAUUCACACAGUUUGCACACAGGACAGAGUUAAAGUUCUACCAGUGUCUUUUUCUCAUGCUUUCACGAGUAAUCCUUACUUAAAAUGGAGAACAUACAGUAUACUGUAACUGGAUGAUGGCUUACCAACUCUGUGUAUUUCUUUACAGUAUUAUGUCUGUAGUAUUAUUUUGUCGUGUUAAGUGCUAAGUGAAUUGAUUAAUGUCAAGCUGUUUUCCUGAGACAAACCCUGAAAAUGUGUUGUUGUUUUUUUUUUUUUAAAGAGUGUUUUGUUGAAGAAGAACUGUAGAUAGUAGAAGGUUUACAAAAAUGAAAGUAGAGCGUUUAUGACAAUGCAAGGUUCAGCUUGCUGCUGGACGGGAUAGAAAGUCCUUGUUUAUAAGGAAUUAAACAUCCACAGGCUUGGCUGAGUGAUAAUCUUUAUGGUAUUUGGCUCUAUUUUUAUCACCAGCUUUUACUGAAGCAUGUAAAACGAGUCUGCACAGUCUAAGGAAAUUCAACUGAACUCUUUUCUUUGACCAGACAUACAGUAUAUUCAGAAACUGAUAUUAUGGUUAACAGAAUUAUAUUAAAAGGCUAAAUAAAUGAGGUAAUUUGGUAUA